AUGAACAUUCGAAAUUUUUUUUUGUUCGAAAAUAUUCUGCUGCCAUCUGGUAUUGAGUUGACAGAGUGCAUUCUUCGAACCAUGUGCAUUUUGUUUUUGUUUAUCAAUUCUUCAGGCGGAAUUUUUUAUGAUGAUUUCGUUAAAAUAUUUCAUUAAAUCUAGUUUUUUAUCAACAGAUAUUUUGGCCAUACAAUAUCGUCAUAGAUCGAUUCGUAGUCGAUUAAAAUCAAAUGUAAGAAAUACUGGACAACAGCGAUCGACAAUAAUUAAAUCACCAAUCGAUGAUGAAAAAUAUCAUGAUCAUGAUUUUGAUUAUGAUCAUCCUAAUCAACGACAGCCACGAAAAUCAUUAAAACAAUUAUUCAAAGAUGAUCAUAAUAAUCGAUUGUUAAGUGAGCAAAAAAUCGAUUCAUUUGUUAAUGCUCUAUACGAAGAGGAUCGAAAACAUCAAAAGAAAUCAUCGAAUCAAAAACGUAAUUUUAUUGAAAAACUUCAUAAAAAAUAUGAAAAUCAUCAACAAGAAACAAAUGAAACGAAAAAGAAAAAAGACAUUAUUCCUCUUCCAUAUGAAAUUAAUGAAGAAAAUCGAUUUGAUAUUAUUAAUGACAUAGUAAUGCCGUUGCAUAGGAUUUCAUAUGGUGAACAAUUGAAACGAAAAUUAUACAUGAACAAAGAUGUACUUCGAUCAUUCGGAUCGAAACUUCGUCAUGUAAAUCAAUCGAUUCUUCUAAGUAAUAAUGAUAUGCCAUGCACAUUGGAAUCGGUAAGACCAUCACCAUUAACAGAACGUUAUCGAAAUAAAGAUGAAUUCAGUAUUUGGCCCGGUAUCGAUGGUAAUCCUAAAACAGUGGGUUUUUUCGUUGGACAACCAUCAAAACAUGAUCGAGUAAUUUGCGUCGAGCCUGAUCAUCUAAUAAUUACCAAACAAAGUCAUAUUGAUUUAGCAAAAAAAUUUCAACAAUAUCUUCGUGAUGUUUCGCCAUUAGAUGUUUGUCAAAAUUAUGGUCUCGGUGGACAUUGGCGUAGGGUUCAUAUUCGUUCGAAUCGUAAUGAUGAACAUAUGUUAACAGCCAUAUUACAUCCACAAAAUCUUGAUGAUAAUAGUCUUCAAGAAGAAAUGGAUAGAAUACGAAAUUAUUUUGCUGAUGAUCCUCUAAUAUCAUCAUUGUAUUUUCAUGCAACUAGGCAUACACGAUCUACUCAUACAAAUGAACAAUAUCAUCAUUUAGCCGGUGAUCGAACAAUAUCGGAACAAUUAUUUGAUAAAAAAUUUGUCAUUUCUCCAAGUUCAUUUUUUCAAGUGAAUACAUUGGGCGCUGAAAUACUAUAUCGUGCCAUUAUGACCGAAAUGAAUCUGACAAAAAAGACUACAGUACUGGAUCUUUGUUGUGGAACCGGUACAUUAGCCAUAUUGUUAAGUGAUCAGGUUAGACGUGUUAUAGCUAUUGAUUCAUCAGAAUCAGCUAUCGCUGAUGCUAGAAAAAAUGCUGAAAUAAAUGGUGCACGUAAUAUUGAAUUUAUUACCGGUACUGUCGAACAAGAACUUCCACGAUUAUUGUCCGAUUCAUAUCUGAAAAAACCUGUAGUAGCUAUUGCUAAUCCAUCACGUCGUGCAUUACAUCCACAUGUUAUUCGAACAUUACGACAAAUGUCAUUUAUCAAUCGUUUAGUAUAUGUUUCCUGUAAACCACAAGGUGAUGCUUUGAGAAAUUUUGUUCAGCUUUGUUCAUCAACAACAACUAAUUAUGAUAAUAAUGAAUCACCAUUCAUACCUAUAAAUGCAAUACCUGUUGAUCUAUUUCCACACACUGAACAUUGUGAAUUAAUUGUAACAUUCGAACGUUUUUGA